AUGUCUACCGCUACCUCAACUAAAAAAAAUAAAAAUAUUAACGAUAGUACAUCUUCUACUAUAACUCUUCCUAAUAAUAUUAACAAUGAUUUUCUCAACACAAUAACAGACCCAACUGACUUUACCAAAACAAACCUACGAAACCUUGACUCGCUAUCACGAUGUCCAAUCUGCAAGGAUUUCUACGAGACACCAGUACUCGUUGAUUGCGGACACUCGUUCUGUUCACUGUGUAUUCGGCGAUCGAUUGUUGCUUUGGAGGCGAUUUGUCCCAUUUGUCAUGUGGAGAUUAAAGAAUCGCAGUUUCGAAAAAAUGAUGUUGUCGAGGGGACUGUAAAGUUUUGGAAGAUGAUGAGGCCUCUCAUGCUAAAACACGAUCAAAAUGUGCCAGACACUUCUUAA